AUGUGGCGGGGGCUGCCGGUUCUGGCCCUGGCCGGGCUGCUGGUGCUGGGGCGGGCGCCGGCGGGGCGGGCGGCGGCCUGCGAGCCGGUGCGCAUCCCGCUGUGCAAGCCGCUGCCCUGGAACAUGACCAAGAUGCCGAACCACCUGCACCACAGCACGCAGGCCAACGCUGUGCUGGCCAUGGAGCAGUUCGAGGGGCUGCUGGGCACCAACUGCAGCCCCGACCUCCUCUUCUUCCUCUGCGCCAUGUACGCGCCCAUCUGCACCAUCGACUUCCAGCAUGAGCCCAUCAAGCCCUGCAAGUCCGUCUGCGAGCGCGCCCGGGCCGGCUGCGAGCCUGUCCUCAUCCGCUACCGCCACGCCUGGCCCGACAGCCUGGCCUGCGACGAGCUGCCGCUCUACGACCGCGGUGUCUGCAUCUCCCCCGAGGCCAUCGUCACCGCCGAGGGCGCCGAUUUCCCCAUGGAUUCCAACAAUGGCAACUGCAGAGGCGCUGGCAGCGAGCGCUGCAAAUGCAAGCCUAUGAAAGCCACUCAGAAGACCUAUCUGCGAAACAACUACAACUAUGUCAUUCGAGCUAAAGUGAAGGAGGUGAAGACUAAAUGUCACGAUGUCACUGCCGUGGUGGAAGUGAAGGAGGUCCUCAAAUCUUCCCUGGUCAACAUCCCAAAGGACACUGUAAACCUUCACACCAACUCUGGCUGCCUGUGUCCCCCUCUGAGUGCCAAUGAAGAGUACAUCAUUAUGGGCUACGAAGAUGAGGAGCGCUCCAGGUUGCUCUUGGUGGAAGGCUCCAUAGCUGAGAAAUGGAAAGAUCGUCUUGGUAAAAAAGUCAAGCGCUGGGAUCAGAAGCUUCGCCACCUGGGGAAGGGGAAGGGGGAGGCCGGGCAGAGCGAGGCGGUGGCUUCCAAGCCCGGCAGAGCCAGCAGUGCCCGGCAAGCACGGAGCUAG